GGGGUACUUAUUGAUUGUGGAAACAGUAAGCACGUACGUGCCCGAUACUACUAGUAAACCAGGGAACUAUGAAGACGUUGAUGAUGAGGGAGGAACCAAAGCAACGAGACUUAAUUGGGGCUUCCGGAGGAUCUAUUGGUGGACAUAAUGUCGAAAUUAGACCAGCAAAGUUUAGGAAAAUGUCGAUGCGUAUGUAGAUCGUGGAGGAAAACACUGAGUGAUUCUCGAGUUUUGAGCGUGUUGCGCGAACAAUCUAGGAGGAGAAGUUCCAAUUCCUUCGUCUUCGUUUGUAAUGAGCCAUUCUGCCAUCGCAAUCAGCCAAAAGCGUGGAACACCCUCAAAACCGUUGACCUUAAUUGCAAUAGUAGUAGUAGUGGCAGUACUACAAGAUGGUUAGAAGAGCUUGACUAUGGAAUCGUAGAUGUGUUACCUGUUUGUUACGACUUGGUGUGCUUCCUGAUGAGGAGGGAAGUUCGAUUAUGUGAUCCUCGGACGGGUCAAGUUUAUAGCUUACCCGAAAAUACCUCGAAUGUGUUGGAGCCGGAUAUAUCAUCUUGAAACUUUGGUGUUCGGAUAUCUGGCUUCUAAGCAACAAUACAUGAGGGUGGUAUGCCUCAGCCCUACCAGUUCUAUCACAUCAGACUUGGAGUCCGACUCUUGGCGGGCUGACUCUGAUACCAUAUAGAAGUCCAUGGGGUUCCACCUCAAAACCAAUUGACAAUGAGGG